AUGGAAGUUGUCGCUGUGAGCUGCAGCAAGCCUCAGUGGCUUGACGUCAAUGGGGUUCGAACAUGGACGUCCAUAGUUCACCAGCCGUCGCCAUCAAUUCAUCUGACACCAGAUGGAAUCGAGGAGAACGACACUGCUGCCCAUGAUGCUCAAGUCUACGCCUUCUUCAGCCACCACUACGACUACUGGAAAGACAGACUGGGGCUUCCAAAAACAGCGUGGAAUCAGUGCCACUGGGGCGAAAAUAUCACUUUGAAGACCGACAUUUACCUGGACGAGAACCAGAUCAGUCUAGGCGAUGUGUGGAAAGUCGGCAGCGACGUUCUACUACAGGUCUGCGGUGCUCGAGUUCCGUACCCGAACCUGCUUUCAAUGAACAAGCUUCUCUUCUUGCGUAAAUUGUCAGUCAUGCACGACCAGGAGCUCGUCAACAAGAACCAUUGGGACGGCUGGAGGGCAUUUCGUCCUACCAAAAUCGUGCAAGAGUGUGAAGAUAUCCUCUCCUUUUACCUUGAACCAGGCGACAAGCAGCCCCUCGGCACGUAUCUUCCCGGCCAAUUUCUCACAGUCCGACUUCCAAAUGGCAUAAUCAGGACAUGGUCAAUCUCAGACUUUCCAGACCAUAACAACCCAGAAUACUACAGGCUGAGCAUCAAGAAGGCCUCAGAAAACGGAGCCUCACACUGGAUGCAUACGAAAUGCACCACGUCGACGAAGUUGUUCGUCCGGUCACCCAUGGGCCUCUUCCACCUCGACUGGUCGCCGUUAUUUCCAGGCCGCCAAAUCUACAUGUCCGCUGGUAUUGGCAUAACGCCUACGAUCACCAUGUUGAAGGCGCAUCUCAAACACUACGCCAUGUGCAAGGCUCCUGCAAUCUGGGUGCACGUGGGUCGCGAUGAAGCGUCCUUUCCUCGAAAUCUUCUGAAUGAGGUGCUCGACCUGUACGACAACGAGGUCAGACGGACUGAACUACUUAGAAUCUACAUCUUUUAUACCAGAGGUGUUUCGCCCCUACAGCCAGCGAACGUGGACGAGUGUGUACAAACCCUCCAAGGUCGACCCACGGCGUCCUUCCUCUCAGAUGUGAUUUCACCAUCCUACAAGAUCAACCCUCUCAACAUUACGCCGAUCGAGAUACCGGGCCACAUAUCCACAUUCUACAUGUGCGGAACCAGCUCCUUCGAAAAGGACAUGAAGUCGCACUUGAGUGGGCUUAAAGUCCCAGAAGGACUGAUUCGCAGCGAAGCUUUCACCUCUUCGGUAUUGUCGUCUUCUUCUACCGUCAGCCUCGAAAAAGCGACAGUCAAGUUCGCCCUGUCAGAUGUCACUGCAGAAUGGUCAUCGAAGCCGCUUCAAGAUCAACUCACGCCGUGCACUCUGCUUGAGCUGGCGGAAGCAACUGGGCUCAAGCCUACUUUUGGUUGUCGAGCUGGGGUGUGUGGCGCGUGUAAGGUCAAGGUACUCAGUGGGUCAGUUUCAGGUGGUAUUCAAGGUGAUGGAGGUGUCUUGAUAUGCUCAGCGCGGCCGGCGAGUCAAGUCGUAGAAAUCGAGGUGUAG